GGUCAGUUGUGGUGCUGAUUGGGGUCAAAAUGGGAUUACGCUCUGGUGCAUUGGGAUUAAUACUACUUCUGGCAUCUGCCUUCGCUUAUAUUAUAGAAGAUGACAACACACCAACCAUCGUCUGGCCAACCGAAUACAGUUUCAAAGGUGAAGUGCUGGAUGUGGUCACCGGUGAAAUACAGACCUACGAAACGUGGUACAGUCAAGAACACAACCGCUCUCGCAUUGAAUAUUUCGGCGGUACUAACAAGCAUUACUAUGUAGCCGAAACUGAAGAAGAAACUGGAUAUCAGUACGUGAUCUACCCAGUUACUGAUAAGAACCUAUAUACAGAAAUGGUGUGCGAACAACAAUCCCACAUAGGUGAACAAAAAAACUUCAUGCCGGACGUUGAAGAAUUCGAAUAUUCAGGUGUUGUUAAACUUGAUGGUAAAGAUGUUCAAGUAUGGAAGACAGAGAAAGAAUAUGAAGAUCUAAAAGCAGAGGCAAAUUUGUUUGUAACCAGGACGGAAUAUGACUUCGACAUUCCUGUAAGAAAAACGGUAAAGGUCUAUGAAACGAGUAAAGGUUCCAUCGACAGCUAUUUGAUCACGAAUUAUGAUGGUUUCGGGUUCACCAUCAGCUUAGAAGAUGUUGACGUCAACAAUGAAGAACAGUGCAUUUACAGUAGUCCUUUCGGAAAAAAUCUGAAGAAUGACAUGAAAUUCCUCAACCCACAUGUGCCUGGAGACGUCGAAUUAGCUUUCCACAGCUUCAAACGUCAUCAUAAAAAGAUUUACGAUAAGAACGAACACGAAUACAGGAAAGAAAUCUUCCAUAAAAACUGGAGAUAUGUAGAGUCACAGAACCGUAAGAAUUUGGGCUACAAACUGGAGCUUAAUCACUUCGCUGAUUAUACUGACGAUGAAUUUAGUAUGCAGACUGGCACCAGGCCUUCCGAUCCUAAUGCGAUGGGCAGCAUACCCUUCCCUCACACCGAAGAAGAGCUGAAACAGUUAGAAGAUAAACUGCCUGAAGAAUAUGACCUGCGUUUAGAAGGAUACUUGCGACCUGUCGGAAAUCAAGGCGGCUGUGGAUCCUGCUGGUCUUUCUCCACGACGGCUACAGUGGAAGGUGCUUUAUCCAAAUCUAACGGAGGCAGGAACCUGGACCUCAGCGAACAGUCACUCGUUGACUGCGCUUGGGGUUAUGAAAAUUUCGGCUGCAGCGGUGGACAAUUAGACAAGGCUUAUGAAUAUAUCCUCCAAAAUCAGAUACCCACGCAGAGAGAAUAUGGAGGAUAUCUUGAAUUAGAAGGCAUGUGCCACCUCGACAACAUGACCGAGACAUUCGGCAUCCGCGGCUUCUCCAAGGUCACUCCCGGAAACCCAACUGCCAUGAAGACAGUCCUCAACAAAUAUGGACCAGUCGCAGUCGCCGUAUACGCUGGAACCAACAUGAAACUCUAUUCCAGUGGGAUACUAUACGAUUUUGAUUGUGACAGUGCCGAAAAUCCAAACCAUGGCGUGGUAGUUGUUGGUUACGGCGAGCGAGAUGGCACCCCAUACUGGAUCAUACGCAACUCCUGGGGUGAAAACUGGGGAGAAGAUGGCUACAUACUCAUUUCGGCAGUGAACAACAACUGUAUGGUCCUCAGCACAGCAUUCUACCCGAUUGUCUAAAGUAUUUUACUAUAUUUAAAAAUACAAAAAAGGUUUAUCAUUAUUAGAAGGCCCAUUUUUUAAAUUUUCAUAUUUAGAAUACAAUAGCUCAACAUUGUGUGACAUGAGAUAUAUUUAUAUUGUUAUAAAAUAUAAUGCCACCAUUAUAAGAAGUCUCUUUUCAAAGCAUUAAGAUUUCAAUUUCGAAUUCAAUAUUCGGUAUAGUCGACGAUAUCAAUUAUAAAAAAGGAUAAAUGUUGUCUUUUUGUUCUAGUCAAACUGACUUUACCGUGCUGUCAAACUGUCAAAUACAAAAGACAAGAAAUGGUGUAUCGGCAAUUAAAUAAAAGCCGGGUAAUACUCUCGACUCAAGUUACUCCGUCCAUUUUAUGCCAGUAUAACGAAUAUAUCAGCGCUCAUUAUAUAUUUUUCUCAUCACUAAAUAAUCUAUCCCUUGCUGAUGCUGAAAUAAUACUAUAAAAUAAAUAAUGAAUAUGAACCGGAGCUACCAACUCCUACAUUGUUUUAUUAUUUUGUCACUUCUACAUCAUCAACAGUAUUAUAAAAAGUGACAUUAAUAAUAGUAACUAAUUUGUCAUAUAAAAUAUGUUAUCAAAAUAUGGAUAUGCCUGCGAUUUAAUUAUAGAAUUGUAAUUUAACCUGUCAGUGUUAUUGUUGCAAUGUUCUUAUAGGGCUCAUGUUAUGUUAAAAAAUUAAAGCAAUAAAUUGGAGUCUAAGAUAAAAAUAUACGGAACAUUUCGCUUUGAAAAUGUAUCUUCUCUAGCUGCCAUGAUUUUAUAAUAUUGGUGGAUUUUGAAAUAUUAACCAUCUUUCAUGAAAUCGUAAUAUUGAGCUUUUGUAAAUUGUUCUUAAUUUAUAAUUCUGGGUGUACUCUACGACUGAUGAUUGCGUUAUGAGGUAUUUUGAUUUAAAUAAAUUUCACGUGC